CGCGCCCAUCAGGUGUAGGGAAUGUGGUCGCUUGGCGGGUCAGGCUUACGCGUGCGCGCGCUCAGCCAUGUUGGGUGGGGAGCAUCGUUAAGUCCGCGUCGGUCUUCGUUGGGCCACGGCGCCGCACGCGGGGUCUUCACGUCGGUCGCUGCCACUCGCGUGGCGGAACCGGGGCCUCCCCGCCUAAGGUGUUGUCCGCUGGUACCGCGCGCAACUCCUGAAGCGCGUGGCCGGUGACCCAAGCGGAACGGGAGCCGAGACGGUGGCGACGGCUAUGGCGACGUCUGUUGCGCCCGGGACCCCGCGGGCCCUGCUCGCCGAGUGCACGGCGGGGGACUCGGCGGCCCUGUUCGAGCGGCACUCGGUGGAGGAAAUCCGCGGCGCGGAGCGCGCCGUGCGGGCCGACAUCGAGCACAAGAAGGAAGAGCUGCGCCUCAUGGUGGGGGAGCGCUACCGCGACCUGAUGGAGGCGGCGGACACCAUGGCCGGGAUGCGCGCUAGCGCCGAGCGGGUGCGCGCGGCCGUGCGGGACAUGGGCGCGCACUGCCAGAGCCCGCAGCCAGACUCGGGCCUGUCCGCAACCCCCGACUCGAGUCCCCGCGGAGCAGCGAAGGAGGCGGGAGCGGAGCGAGGCAAGGAGCGCUUCUUCGCGCUGGCCGCGCAGGUGCGGCUGGUGCUCGGCGUGCCGGAGCGCAUCUGGGGCUGGCUGGAGGCCGGCCGCCACUUGGAGGCCGCACGCCUCUGCCUGCUGUGCCGCCACGUGAUGGCCUCCCUGGGCGUGGCGGGCAACCCGGCCGGGCCCGCGUGCCCUCCGCUGCUGGCGCGGUUCCCGCUGCUGGCGCGCCAGGCCGCGGCGGCCGCUCACUUCAGGAGUGCAAUCCUGCAGGAGAGCCGCGCCGUGCUGCGGGUGCGCGCCGUGGCUGACCAGGCUGUGACGGAUGCUCUGUGCGCCGUCAUGCUGCUGGAGGAGGCCUCCCCUCGCCAGGCCUUCGCCGACUUCCUGUUGGCGCGCAAGAGCGUGGUGCAAGGCCUCCUCAACGAGCCACAACACGGGUCGAGCAUCAAGGCGCAGGUGUGCACUGUCGUGGAGUCCGUGGCCACCACGCUCUACCAGGUCCAUGCCGUGUUUUACUCGCCACCCGGGCCGGGCGAGGAGGGUGCGGGGGUGGGGAUAGAGAUGGAGGAUGCGCCGUGCGGACUCCUCAUCAGCACGCUGGAGUCCCUUGCCUCCGAUACGCGUUCCGGCACAGGACAAGGCGUUCUGUUGGACUGGGCCGGGGCGGAGGCGUGGGGACGCCACCUGCCCCCCGAUGUCCUGAGCUUCCGCCCGGUGCCGACCAUGAUGCCUUCGCGCAUCUCACUCCAGCACCUUCGCCACUCCCUCCUACACUGGGUCACGCUGUGCCGCGAAGACGUGUCUCUGGGCGUGCGGCGCCUUUUGCCAUUCGUGCGCUCCCUGCGCGGUUUGGCCGGAAUGCGCGACGCAGUCUGGGAGCUGUUAGCCAGUGAGGGGCUGGCGCGCCGCUGGACACCCAUGUGCGCCCGCCUUCUGGGGCGCCCGCUGUCCCUGUGGGACGAGUUCCUACAGCCACUCUUCAUGCAGAGAGUGGAGGAGCUUCUCCAAGAGACGCUGGACUCCAUCGCGACCUCCUCCCAGCAGGCCCUGCAGGCUGCCGUUCUCGAGUUGGGGACGCCACGCCACCGCACCGGACCCUCGCCCGAGACGGACGCCUCCUCCUAUCUGUGGACGGAGUCACCGGGGGACUUGGCCCCCCACGCUGCGUGGGGAGGCGCCCCCGCGCCACCACCCCUGCCCGCGGCCGCCGUCUCCUCCCAGACCUGCUUGGAAGUGCCCACCUGGGCCGGCCUGACUAUGAAGGCCCGAGGACACACACCCAUGGUUCAGGGUUUGUGUGCUGCGCUGGACGCUAAGUUGAGGGCCCGCAUCGAGGAUGUGGCGGCGUACCUUCCCCCUGCAGGGCCCCCCGCUUCCGGCCAGGCUCCACUCCCACAGCAGGACAGCGCUGGAUUCGACCGCUUUGCGGAUUCGGGCCGCGUGCAGGAGACGCUGCAGAAAGAGAGCGCCUCGUGCAUUACGGCUCUCUCCGCUUGCGCUCGCGGCCAUCUGGACGCUUCAGCCAAGCUCUUGCAGGAAGGCGGUGGCGGCGACGAUGAACAGCGGCGCCACCACCUCGCUAUCGUGCUGUUCGUUGCCCGGCUGUGCCGCGCCAUCCCUGAGCUAUGCCCGAGCCUGCGGCUCGCCAUCCUGGGCGCGGCUGGUGUCACGUCACCUCCCGAGGCGGUCAGGCCAUUGCCGCGAGCUCUGGCCGGGGAAGCGAGAUCGGUGCCCGCGGGGCGGGCGUACACGGCGUGGACAGAGCUGUCGGAGGAGCUGGGCGCGUUGAGCCUGCGUGCGUAUGAUGCGUGGAGCCGCAACGUGGCCCAGGUGGCGGUGAGCGAGUUUGGAUCCACUCUGAGAGUGGAGAGUCCCGGCCGCGUGUUGGGAUCCACCCCAAACUGGGAGGAGAUCGAGAUCAUGGAGGAGACGGAGUCCGGGGGGAGUGUGGCAUCAAAAAUACAUCUCCCUGCACAGGCCUCGUUCCCAGCACAGGCCUUGCUGUUCGGGCUGGGUCAAGCCAUGGGGGCUGUAGGGGCCCAGGCCGUGCCCCGGGUUACCCGGCAAGCCCUGCUGGAGGCCGUCAUGGAUGGCGUCCUCACAGCUUAUGAAGCUCGCCUGCAGCCCGCGGCUGGGACGACCCCCAUGUGCCAGGCGAGGGCGCUGCAGCUUCUCUUUGACCUGCGCUUCAUGCACGGCGUGCUGGCGGUUCGGCCCGAGAGGACGCGCGGUAGCAGUGCCGCUGCUCGGGGAACCCCUCUCCACGCGAGAAUACAGGCCGUGGUGGACGACCUCGAGAGCCACGUGGACCCGUUUGACCUGGACGUGUUCACCCCACACCUCCACCUGCACCUCCAGAGACUGCUGCAACGCACCAAUGUGCUGUUUGGUGUCCUGACGGGCACCGAGAGGCAGCACACGGGACGCCCGGCCCCGUCGGGCCCUGAGGCCCCCAGCCUGCUGGCGAUGGCCGCCACGCAUGCCAGGUUUGCGCUGCUGCCCCUGCCGGCCUCCAGCUUGGCCUCCCAACGCAGAGCCACCCCCCCAGUGAGAAGGGGGCCAGCCACAGCGCAAGCACCGGUGGAAGUAUCGCUGGGCGGCAUACAGGGGGUGGACACGCGUCCCCCUGGGGCCUUAUUCAGGCAGCUCGCGUCGCACGAUGAGGGCUCUCAGCCUGGGUCGUCCCUCUUCAAGCUUGGCUGGCUGUCGGCCAUCACCAAAUGAGCAGCGGAUCUACACGCACACACACACGGCAAACAACCAGCACUCUCCAUCGAGUCAAGCUGGCGCUAACAAGGGCUCCGGACUAGCUCGGGCCACCUUGGUUACGGAAGCACCAGCAUGCGGGGUGUACUCUGCUUUCGGUUUACAGGCACAGCGGUAUUACCAGGUAGGAUAGUCCUUGAGUGUCAUGGCUGUUGGCCGGUAGCAGCAAACACCCUGCAUGGGUUUUCCCAAACAAUGCACAACGCUUGCGUUGGCAAUCUGAUGGAGGAGUUCCACCUGCAGUGUUUGUGCAGCUGACCACACAUCACUGUGGGAGAAGAUGGUGGUGAACAGUCUGUUCCUCUUCCCCUCGCAUAAGCACACAGGGUUUGGACUUAGUGGAGUCUGUUGCGGAGUCAUGGCAGCCUCCUUUUCAAGUAGGUUUCCCUAUUUAACCAUGGGUAGAUCUGGGUCGGGUGGCUGUAAAGUUCUUGUUUUGGUGGUGGAGAAAAUAAAUGAAAUAAAUCUGUGAAUGCGUAUGUG